AUGGUCCUCGUCGAACAAGUCGUCCUUGUCACUUCCAUCUUGGCCACGUUUGGCGUUUGCAUUGCCACCACCAAGUUUGCGGCGCGACUCUUCCCCACGUUCGAACCUCUUCAAAUCUACGACGCAGCAACCAACCCGAUGGAGCUCAACGUCGUGCUCGCCUUUGUCGUAGGCGCCUUCCUGUCCGUGGCUGCCCUGCUCUACUUCGACUCGCAGAAGCUUAAGCCCGUGCUCAACCCCACCCAAUGGCAGCAGUUCCGUCUGAUGGAGAAGCAGAAGCUCUCGGAUAACACGGCACUCUACCGCUUCAAGCUGCCUCGUCAGAACAACAUCCUCGGCCUGCCCAUCGGACAGCACAUCUCGAUCCAGGCCAACGUCGGAGGCAAGAAUGUCAUGCGCUCCUACACCCCGACCUCGUCCGACGACGACCACGGAUUCUUUGACCUCGUCGUCAAGUCGUACGAGCAGGGCAACGUCUCCAAGUACAUUGGCCUCAUGAAGAUUGGCGAUUUGCUCUCCGUCAAGGGCCCCAAGGGUCAGAUGCGAUACGCUCCCGGUCUCGCGCGUCACCUCGGCAUGAUCGCUGGUGGUACUGGUCUCACCCCCUGCCUCCAGAUCAUCCGCGCUGCGCUCAAGAACCCAGCCGACAAGACCCAGAUCGACUUUAUCUACGCCAACGUCAAGGAGGCCGACAUCUUGCUCAAGGAGGAGCUCGACGAACUUGCCGUCAAGCACAAGGACCAGUUCCGCGUCCACUACUUCCUCAACGAGGCUCCCCCGGGCUGGAAGGGCGGCGUCGGCUUCGUCACCAAGGAGGCGAUCGAGCAAAAUCUGCCCAAGCCCGCCGACGACAUCAAGAUCCUCAUGUGCGGACCGCCUCCCAUGACCAAGGCCAUGACCAAGCACCUUGAGGAGCUCGGCUACAAGCCUCCUCGCACCAUCAGCAAGCUCGAGGACCAAGUCUUUUGCUUCUGA